CGAGGAUGGGAGAAGAGUAGGGCGUUUGAGCAGCGUAUCGGCCUCCUCUCCUCUCUUCACCUCGCUCUCGCGGCCUGCCCGCCUGCCCGCCUUCCCGCUCACCGCCCAGAACAUCUUCCACCAUGGCCACCUCAGCAAGUUCCCACUUAAACAAAGGCAUCAAGCAGGUGUAUAUGUCCCUGCCUCAGGGCGAGAAAGUCCAAGCCAUGUAUAUCUGGAUCGAUGGUACCGGAGAAGGUCUACGCUGCAAGACCCGCACCCUGGACUGUGAGCCCAAGUGUGUAGAAGAGUUACCUGAGUGGAAUUUUGAUGGCUCUAGUACUUUACAGUCUGAAGGCUCCAACAGUGACAUGUAUCUUGUACCUGCUGCCAUGUUCCGGGACCCCUUCCGCAAGGACCCCAAUAAGCUGGUGUUCUGUGAAGUUUUCAAGUAUAAUCGAAAGCCUGCAGAGACCAAUUUGAGGCACACCUGUAAGAGGAUAAUGGACAUGGUGAGCACCCAGCACCCUUGGUUUGGAAUGGAACAGGAAUACACACUGAUGGGGACAGAUGGGCACCCCUUCGGUUGGCCCGCCAAUGGCUUCCCUGGGCCCCAGGGUCCUUAUUACUGUGGUGUGGGAGCAGACAGAGCCUAUGGCAGGGAUAUUGUGGAGGCUCACUACAGAGCCUGCUUGUAUGCUGGAGUCAAGAUUGCCGGGACUAAUGCUGAGGUCAUGCCUGCCCAGUGGGAAUUCCAAAUUGGACCCUGUGAAGGAAUCAGCAUGGGAGAUCAUCUCUGGGUGGCCCGUUUCAUCUUGCAUCGAGUCUGUGAAGACUUUGGGGUGAUAGCAACCUUUGAUCCCAAGCCCAUUCCUGGGAACUGGAAUGGUGCAGGCUGCCAUACCAACUUCAGCACCAAGGCCAUGCGGGAGGAGAAUGGUUUGAAGUACAUUGAGGAGGCCAUUGAGAAACUAAGCAAGCGGCACCAGUACCACAUUCGCGCCUACGAUCCCAAGGGGGGCCUGGACAAUGCCCGGCGCCUAACUGGAUUCCACGAAACCUCCAACAUCAACGACUUUUCUGCUGGUGUAGCCAACCGUAGUGCCAGCAUCCGCAUUCCCCGGACUGUUGGCCAGGAGAAGAAGGGCUACUUUGAAGACCGUCGUCCCUCUGCCAACUGCGACCCCUUCUCGGUGACAGAAGCCCUCAUCCGCACGUGUCUUCUCAAUGAAACUGGCGAUGAGCCCUUCCAGUACAAAAACUAAAUGGACUAGACCAUUGAGCCCCUCUGGUUCUCCAUCCCACUCCAAAUCUUCCCCCCUCUCCCAAUUGCCCCAGUUGUAACUCAAAAGGGUGGAAUAUCAAGGUCUUUUUUUU